CCCUCCCUCAGAGGAGCCACAGCAGCAGCAGCAGCAGCAGCAGCGGCGCAUCCUCCUCCUCGCUUGCCGCGGAUCCUGCAGGAGCCGAGCGGGGUCUUGAGCCAAGAAGGCAGGCAGGAUGGCGGAGAGCGAGUGCGAGACGCCCAGCACCCCGGGCGAGUUCGAGAGCAAGUACUUUGAGUACCACGGGGUGCGCCUGCCCCCCUUCUGCCGGGGGAAGAUGGAGGAGAUCGCCAACUUCCCCGUCCGAGACAGCGACGUCUGGAUCGUCACCUACCCCAAGUCAGGCACCAGUUUAUUGCAGGAAGUAGUAUAUCUGGUUAGCCAAGGAGCUGAUCCUGAUGAAAUUGGAUUAAUGAAUAUAGAUGAGCAGCUUCCAGUCCUAGAGUAUCCUCAGCCUGGUCUGGACAUUCUCAAGGAGCUAACCUCUCCCCGUCUUAUCAAAAGCCACCUUCCAUAUCGUUUUUUACCUUCAGACCUACACAGUGGAGAUUCAAAGGUAAUAUACAUGGCUCGCAAUCCUAAAGACCUGGUAGUGUCUUAUUACCAGUUUCAUCGCUCCCUACGGACUAUGAGCUACAGAGGAACGUUCCAAGAGUUUUGCCGGAGAUUUAUGAAUGAUAAGUUAGGAUAUGGUUCGUGGUUUGAGCAUGUGCAAGAAUUUUGGCAACAUCACAUGGACUCUAAUGUACUCUUUCUCAAAUAUGAAGAUAUGCACAAGGACCUGGCAACUAUGGUUGAACAGUUGGCAAGGUUUUUGGGUAUCUCAUGUGACAAAGCACAAUUGGAAGCCAUGGUGGAGCAUUGCCACCAGCUCAUUGACCAAUGCUGCAAUGCAGAAGCUCUUCCUGUGGGCAGGGGAAGAGUUGGAUUAUGGAAAGACAUCUUCACUGUUUCCAUGAACGAGAAAUUUGACUUAGUUUACAAACAGAAAAUGGGAAAGUGUGACCUCACAUUUGACUUUUAUUUAUAGAAACUAAAAUGCAUGUCUAUGAAAAACAAAAACAAAAAUGCUAGCUAUAUUGUAGCUAGAAGUGCUUUUUGCAUUCAUUUAUUACUUGCUGGACACAAUGUACAUGUUAUGUGUAUCAAUAUUUUAAAAGAAAACAAGGGCACAAUGCACUAGGAAGUUAAGGUAAGAAGAUCCCUGUAGGAUUGAUGAAAGUUCCACAGAGUUCGGCACUCAUCUGUUGGCCAGAUGCCUAUGGAAAACUCACAAGUAGAAAUAGAAGGCAAAGAAGGCAACUAUUGCCUUUCAGAUGUUAGACUGGAAUUCUUAUCAGUCAUUGCCAGCUCAUCAAUUGAUGAAGGAAUAUGGGAGCUGCAAUGCAACCACCAGGUGGGGUGACAUUCCUGGUACAAAAUCAACUAAUUUUCUUUAUUAUAAUCCAGCAAUGUCGCAAAGCUCAAAGUUGCCCAUCUAGAAUAUGUGGAGGCAUCUACCUCAUUAGGAUACUCUGGCAAAGUUACCAUUCAUUUCAAUUUAGAUUGUGCAGAAAGUCUUCCCAGUGCAUUAUGCCCAAACAAACUAAGCAAACAACGUAUGAUACAGCUCUUCCUGAACCUUUCCUUCCUUUGCAAACGUGAAUAUAUCUAUCUCCAGAAUAUUUGGCUGCUAUGAAUGCAUUUGGGACUUGUAAAGUAUGUAUUAUAUAUGCUGUUAGGGAUGUAUACUUUUUCAUAUUAGUUUCUUUAUUUAAAAAAAAAUAUUACAGAAGCUUUUAGAACAUUUAGUGGACUACACACAAGUUUAUUUUCAGAAGAAAAUGGUUAUGUGCUGAAAAAUUAUCUCAGGUGUUUAGUUGUUAUUUCCAUGUUAAUUCUUAGUUAACAAGGGGCACAAUGAUCUCAUUCCCACAUAUUUGUUUAAAUUAUUGCCCCUAUAUUAUUAACCAGUUAAACAUUGGAACCCCAUUUCUCUCAAAUUCCUUCCUCAUGAUCCCUGAGAAAAUAAUUACCACAGAAUUUCGCCUCAAGAUGAUUUUGAUCUGGCCCAUUACUGGAUUUAUUAUAAUCAAAAUUUUAACCAAAGGACAGCAACUGGACACCUUUGGACCAAAUCUGUUUUUCCUUCAGCUACCCAUUCUAAACCCAAAGGAGAAGUGGAGAAAUACCAAGUUUUGAGGUUGAGUUAUUUGAUGUUUAGCUAAAGGGAGGGGAUAAGGAAGUACCCCUCAGAAAAUAAUGAAUUAUCCUUCAAGGCUCAAAUUUUGUCCCCUCAUGAAAUUUCAUUCAAAAUUUCUAGCAUUACAUAGAGUGAGACACUGAACACUGUUCCUCCCUUGUUUCUGAUUUAUGGUGAUCCUAGGGCAACCUGGUCAAGGGAUUUUAUUGGCCAGAUUGGUUCAGAGUAGGUUUCCUUUUGUCUCCUCUGUAAGAUGCAUUCAUUCAGGCAUUGUGUGGCUGCCCAUGUAUAUCCACUGAACAAGUCAACUGUCAAGGACAGAUUAUACUUUCCUGAGAGUGCAAGGGCAUCCGGAUGACAUACCUUUGUAGUUCAUUAGUGAACAGGGAAAGGAAACAUCUCUGGAUAACCUUGUACAAAAACAUUGUGCAAGGAGGCACUGUAGAUCUCUUUACGCAACAUUUUAAAAAGUGUUUUCAUUAGCAAAACUGAACGGUUACACUGGCAUAAUCCAUUAACAGGAUCUUGCCCUUGGGUCAAGUUAUAACCAACAUAAUAAACUGGAAUCAUUUUUUUACCCCAGGAUUCAUCAUCUGUUUUGUUUUAACAGGUGAAUGUAUAUGCACCUCUAUUAGCUUAGCUAGAAUUGUAGUCACAACAAUCGACAACUCUGGCUGACAGAACUCCACCAGUCAACGUGUGACAUGCUAAUAGUAAGGGAGGGAUUUCAUUUUGAUAUUUAUAGAUUAAUUUUAAUUUUUUUUCAAGCAUCUGUUACUUAUGCACUAAAUAUAUAAAGGAACAGGCAUAUGUGUCCACAGUGAUUUUGGUAAUACCUCCAGUGAGAUGCUUGACCACUGCAGUCUGAAUGGGGCCACCUUUAAUGUACAUAGCUUCUAGUAUGGGGAUGUUCAAUUGUUGCUUGUGCUGUCAUGCAUUAAAACUGAAUAUCCGAAGAAACUAUGUAUUAUGUAGCAGGGAUACUAUAUAUAUGUAUUUCAUAGCAUCUUACAGUGCAAUUCUUACAACACUGCCUCUUGAUGGGAAUUUUAAACAAUUCGGUAGCAUGCAGAAUACAGUUCAAAAUUCAAUAGCAGCCACAAUAAAUCUGAACAAUUACCACAAUGUAUGCUUGUUGUAUGCUUAUUUAGAAAUAUCAUUCUGUAUAUAACUUUGAGUGGUUUACCUUUUAAUAUGAGGAUCUAUUACUCUCACUUUUCACUUUCUGAAAGCAUCAUCAGGCUACAAACCAGAGGACCAUCUUGUUUCUUUAAGAACCUGGAACUCAGAGAAGAUAUUGUCCCACUUUUCCUCUUGUGCUUGCUAGUGUAAUUGCCUACCUCCUCUGCCAAUUUCCAACGCAGGGGUCCCGCUUGCUCCAGUCUGUGUGGGGCAAAGAGAGGUGUGCCACAUUACAACCUGGGUACUCCUAUGUUUGUAAUCAGUGAAGUCAAAGAAAUUCCGUAAUUUCUUCUCUCAUUGUAUCUUGCCUAGUUUUUCCUAAAAACCCUGCCCUCUCUGACCAAGACCUCUGCCAACAAAUCUUGUUUGUUCCAGGAGGUGGGUGUCUAUUUCAUCAGUGGCUUUAAUAUAUUGUCUUUACCAAUAAGAGUUGGUUCUGUAAUAUUUUUAGUAUAUUACACACCUUAAUUAUUACAUAGUUUAUAUUUAUUAGUGAUGUCUCUAUGUAUUAUGACUUGUCCUUUUGAUUUGAUGUUUGGAUCUGGUUAAGUGUUCAUUAUUUAUUUAUUUAUUUAUUUUAUUUACAGCAUUUAUAUUCCGCCCUUCUCACCCUGAAGGGGACUCAGGGCGGAUCACAUUACACAUAUAGGCAAACAUUCAAUGCCUUUUAACAUAGAACAAAGACAAGACAAACAUAGGCUCCGAGCGGGCCUCGAACUCAUGACCUCUUGGUCAGAGUGAUUCAUUGCAGCUGGUUUCAGCUGGCUUGCUCUCCAGCCUGCGCCACAGCCUAAGCGCAGUAUCUUCUUUGUUGUAAGCCAUCCCGAGCCCCCCUGGGGAGAGGAGGUGGGAUAUAAACAAAGCAUUAUCAUUAUCAUCAUUAUUGAACAUUCAAACUCCACAAGACGACAUACUUUUAUUGGGACAAUUCUAACUCAAAAGAAAGGAGCAGAUAGCUUUGCACAGGACAGGGACAUCUGGAUUGCAAGAAAAGCUAUUCCCCUGUUGGUGGGGCUGAAAUAUAUCCUCUGACUUUUAUUGUUCCAGUCCUCACAAGGCAAAUAAGGGAAAAGGUGUCUGCCUACAUUGAAAUCCCUCAAUACCAUCUUAACUGGCAACAUAUGUGUCAGAAUGUAGACAUGAUUGCCAUUUUUCCCCUGUAUGAUUUUUCAUAACUGACUGAUAAAGAAGUCUGCAAAGCUUUAAAUGCUUGUGUACUGCAUCUUACUCUUUGGAGUUGGCCCAAUAAAGAAUUUUCUGCUUGUGGGUUUUGGGUUUUGUUGUACUUGCUGCAGGGUUAACAUGGUAAUUUCUGAAUAAUAAUAAUAAUAAUAAUAAUAAUAAUAAUAAUAAUAAUAAUAAUAAUAAUAAUGGGGGGCCCUGGUGGCACAGUGUGUUAAAGCGCUGAGCUGCUGAACUUGCGGACCAAAAGGUCCCAGGUUCAAAUCCCGGGAGCGGAAUGAGCGCCCGCUGUUAGCCCCAGCUCCUGCCAACCUAGCAGUUCGAAAACAUGCAAAUGUGAGUAGAUUAAUAGGUAUCGCUCCGGCGGUAAGGUAACAGCGCUCCAUGCUGUCAUGCCAGCCACAUGACCUGGAGAUGCCUAUGGACAACGCUGGCUCUUUGGCUUAGAAAUGGAGAUGAGCACCAACCCCCAGAGUCGAUCACGACUAGACUUAACAUCAGGAGAAACCUUUACCUUUAAUAUAAAAUAAUAAUAGUAAUAAUAGUAAUAAACUUUAUAUUCCGCUCUAUUUCCUCGAGGAGAAUCAGGGCAGAUUACAGAACACAUAUACGGCAAACAUUCAAUGUGGAUUAUACAAUUAACAAGGACAAACAAUACAUAGACAGAGGUAAAGGCUUUUCUCCAUCUUUUCCAUUUCUGGCAUCUGGAGGCUAUACUAGACUCCAGCCGUUACGGGGGGUGGGUGGAUGGGAUGCUCCCAUUUUCCAUGUCGAGGAGCUAUGUCGUCCUUAGACAUCCUCCCAGAUCGAAUUGUCGGCAUGUCCUUAUGGGCAAUUUUUAUUACCUCCCUGCUUACCUCCCUAUUUCUCUACUCACAUCUCUGUUUUCGAUCUGCUAGGUGGGCAGAGAGCUGGGGCUGAUGGUGGGUGCUCACCCCAACCUGGGCUUGAACUGCCAACCUUUCCAUCGGCAGGAUUUUCUGCAGCAGCUUGGCGGUUUAGCCUGCUGUGCUAAGCCCGGCCCCUCAUAUACUUAAUCAUAUGUUACUUAAAAGAUUUAACUUAAAACCUUUGUCUUUAAGGUGUCACAGGAGUUGGAUGUUUUACUGUGACAGACUCACAAGGCUACUCUUUGGAAAAUUAAACAUUACACAAGGAUAAAAAGGGACAUGGUGGGAAAAAGGAAUAUAAUAGCAUAUUAUAAAACUAACUUUUUAUUUUUGCAUGAGCUUUCAUGGAUAUAAACCCACUUGCUUGCCUGUGAUUCAGAGUGAUAAUAAAUGCUCAGGCAUGGGAGUCUCCAUCUUGCAAUAGCAACUCUGUUUGUAGGAAGAAACAGCAGCAUAGCAAAAGCCUGUUCCAUCCUAUUUUGCAUCUUAGAAGUUGUUGGAGAAAAAAAAUGGUCCUUCGGGUUUGUAACCUCACAUAUUUGGCUCAAAGAAAUUUGUGAGGAAGGACGACCAAAUGUUAAUAUUUCCACCAGGUAGAAGGAAGCAGUUGUCUGUCGAUGCAGCUGAUAGCAAAUGGUGUUGAAUUUUGUGGAUGGACAGCAACUCUUGUAUAUUUGUGAGUGAAACUGCUUUCAGUAAACUUUAUUUUUAUAUUUUUAGUACUGUUAAUAUUUAAGCACUAUACAUUAUACUUCUGUGCUUGCUUGCUUAUUUAAUAAAGACAUGUUCUAUGUACA